ACUUUAGCGAUUCCCUAGUAACUGAAGUUGCCAUUUCUAUUUUGCGAAAUGGCUGCUGUUUCAGACUUUUUUUCAUUAGGUAGUAUUGUUUGGUGUAGAACUUGUUAUAAUAAAGAAAUUGAGGGAGAAGUCUUGGCAUUUGAUCCACCAACGAAAGUAUUAAUAUUGAAAUGUACAUCCUCAGGUGGGGAUCCAAAAUUAAAUGAUAUUCAUUUUGUUAAUUUAUCCCUUGUUAGUGAAUUACAAGUCAAGAAAGAAGUGACAAGCGUUCCGGACAUACCACAGUCUUUGAAUUUACAGAGGUUAAACACAAGGAUUAGAAAUCAAGUAGAUGAGAAAAAACGAAUGUUCCAGGCUAGAGCCGCAAAUGUUAGUUCUGAAGGACAGAGUUUGUUUAUAGCUAUAGCUAAAACGAUUAGCGAGGUUAGGUGGAACAAUUCUGAAAUUGUUGUCUUCAAUCAAGAUGUUACUAUUAGUCCUCCCUACCAAUUGGAAAAUAUAAGAGGAAAUAUAAACAGUAAAGAGUAUAUAUAUAUACGGAAAGUGGUUGAAAAACACAUGAAAGAUCUAGCCUUAAACAGUCAGAAUCAAGGAGUUUGUCAGAAUAAUACUUUGCAAUAAAUUUAAAAAUUAACAUCUAGAUAAUUUAUAUAUCUAUUGCGAAAUUUACCUCUGUUUUUAUUGAUUUUCCAAACACUAAAGAAUAUACUUUAUUUGCAGAUCAUUCUAAAUUUUUCAACGUUUUAAAAAAUUAGAAAAUCGGGUCGUUCUUUUUCCUAAUUUUGUUUUUUUUUUAUUCUGUAUUGGACAGUCUAUAACAUCCAUCUUUAUUUUUGCCAAUACAAUAUCCAUCUAUUUAUUUUAUAUGAAUAAAAGUGAAAAUUUA